AUUUAUAUUAUUAAUGUACAAGAUCUUUCUGUAACAUGUUGAUGAUUUUAGAGUUAGUGUUUCAAUUGCGCUCAGAAUGAUCUGGUUUAAAAUUUCAAAAAUGACCAAUACACAAUUCAAGCGGGACAAUGAAGAUUUUUACCGUUUAAGAUUUCAUUUACUAAACAAUACUUCAGGGACAAAUACUUGACAAUAUAUUUUGUGGUUUUUGUAAUAUCGCUUAUUCUAUGACUUUAGUUCUAAUACGAUAACUAUACAUACUGUUUACCAAACUACGUACAAGUUUGGUUAUGUCGAUAGCUAAAAGCAGAAUGAUUUUCCCCGUUCUUACUAAACUCUCAUUUUAAAUAAUUUUUAUUAGCAGAUUUAGAAAAAGACAAAGAAAAAUAUAUUUUAUAUUUAUAAAUGAAUAGUCUAUUAUGAAUUAUAUGUAACAUUAGUGAUAGCUUUAUGCAUCAAUUUUUUUUAUAAGUUAUGAAUCUUCAAAGAGUUAUAUGUAAAAUAUUAUGAAAUAUAAUUUACAGACUCUUUGAAAAUAACAUACAAUGUGAAUCUGCUGAAACGCUAUUAUCUAUAAAGAAUGGAGGAUAUCCAUCAAUUGAUGAGAUCAAAAGUGAAGUGAUCGAUGAUGAUACAAUGGAUAUGGAUGAUCAACAAAUUUCAAAUAAUUCAACAGAUUCCCAUAUGGACACUGAGGAAUCUGAUCCAAUUCCUGAACUUGGCCCUGCAGCUUUAGGUUUACAAAGAGUAGGUAGCCAACCUCCUCCAAAACCAAAUCCUCCUAGCCAACCAGUUCAAGUUUUAAAUCGAAGGGGAAUGCCAGCAAGGAUUAGAAAGAAAAACAAAUUAUUUUAUGAUGAUAUAUUAGUUAACCAUCCUCAUCAUAGAAUUAAAAAGGAUCCAUCACAUCCGGAUACGAAACAUUCUCCUAAAAAAGUAUCUCGUCCAUCUCCUGCAAAAAAACAAAAUAGAAUAACCAAUGAGCCCAGAAAAAAUAAUAUAUUAAGUCAACCUGUAUCAUCUACAAUGACUCCAAUUAAACAAGAGAAAGAACCUGAUAAACCAAUGCCACCUUCAUCUCCGGAUCGUAAAAUUGGACAAAAGAUUGGUAUGAGAUUAAGAAAUUUAUUGAAAUUACCAAAAGCACACAAAUGGGUUUGUUACGAGUGGUUUUAUAGUAACAUUGAUAAGACUCUUUUUGAAGGAGACAAUGAUUUUAUGAUCUGUUUAAAAGAAUCGUUUCCACAAUUAAAAACUCGGAAAUUAACACGAGUUGAAUGGUGCAAGAUAAGAAGAAUGAUGGGUAAACCACGAAGGUGUUCACAGUCGUUUUUUGAGGAAGAAAGACGAGAACUAGAAAGAAAGAGACAAAAAAUUCGAAUGUUGCAACAAAGAAAAGCUGCUGAUAUUAAUAGUUUCAAAGAUUUACCACCAGAAAUACCAUUACAAUUGGUAAUAGGAACCAAAGUUACAGCAAGACUGAGAAAACCACAGGAUGGUUUAUUCACUGGAAGUAUUGAUGCUGUCGAUACUAGUAAUAACACUUACAGAAUUACAUUUGAACGCGCCGGACUUGGAACGCAUAGUGUUCCAGAUUAUGAAGUACUGUCAAAUGAACCACCGGAAACGAUAAGUGUAGCCUCAUUUGCACAGAAGUUCAGACCACGACAUGUACAAUAUGUACCAUCUCCACCAUAUGCCAUGAAAUUAAUGUCACCGCGUUUAAACAGUGAUCCUUUAAUAUCGAAUGCUUCUGUAUCUUUACCAAAGAAAUCUCAUAUUGGUGGAACAAUGAAUGGUUAUCCUUUAAAAUUAUUGGAAUUUAUGGUUAAAGUAAAUAAAAUAUUAGCUGCUAAGAAGGUUAAAAUAAAAAAAUUAAAAGAGAUGAACAGUGAGGCAGAAAAAAGACGUUCGUUUGGAGAACUGUUGCCACCAGAUUUUGAAAGAAAAUAUGCAGGUAUCGUAGUUGAAUUGGAAAAAAUGAAUACGGCUUUGCAAGAUUUUCUUAAUGACGUUCAAGAACUUUGUCAAGAAAUGGCUCCGGAACCUAGUGUUGCAGCUAUGUUAGCUCCUUCUCAUCUGCGUGAAAAAUGUAGACAGGAAGCUGCAGAUAUGAUUGCAAGACAUAAUAGUGUUAAUGACAGGGAACCCGGAAAAAUGUCUCAAUUAGUAACAGAUUUAACAGCUCUUAUGCUUCAAGUAAAGAGUUUAUCUGAUUCAGAUCGUAAUGCAUAUGAAUUAAAAGUGCUACAAGGCACAAUGGAACAAAUACGUGCAAAAUUAAGUCCACAAAAUCAACAAGUUUUUCAAAAUUGUGUUGAAAUACACAUGCAACAUAUACAAUUAGGUUUGGGACAAAGAGGUGCUUUAACGCCAUUUAUGGCCCAAAGAGCUUAGCAAAUAUGAAAGUAAUUUUCAUUAAUACUUACGAAAAAAUGUACAAUACUAAAAUAGAUAACAACUAUAAUAUUACAAUAUUUUAUAUGAAAAAGUCCAAUUUUAUUUUAUUAUCUUUUUUGUAUAGGGCAUAUCAUCAUUAAAGAGCACCUAUCUUAUUAGGAUACAAAUGAGUUUAGGAUAAUGCGCUGUGCUGUUAAUUGCAUUAAACAUUUAAAAAUGUUCACGUUUAAAAGAUUUACUUGUCAACUUUGCGAUUUUUACAAUACAAUUUUGCAAUAAUUAAUUAAAUAUCUAUGAAUUAUUAAAUCAAAAAUAAACUAAUAUGGCUAUUGUAAAUAAAGCGUGCAUUUUGCAGUGGCAGCUUUCAUUAACUUUAUAUAGAAAUUUAUAACAUUACGUCAUCACAGUAGGAAUGAAACAAAUUUUUUAUUUUGUAAAAAAGAGUUUAAUAUUUUCUGCUUAUAGAUAAUUCCAAAAAUUAAUAUAUAAUUAAUACAUUAGUAUUUUAAAAAAUUAUUUUCGAUAACUGUACAUUAGGUAUAUGCACAAAUAUGGCAUGACCAAUUGUAAAUACACUAUAAAUGAUAUAAAAUAUGGAUCUUUUACA